AUGGGAUUGACAUCAAACAGCAAGAUGUCUUCCAAAGCAAUCGUGUUCUUUGCUCUCCUUGCAGUGGCUUUCGCCGGUAAGUCAAUUUUUAGACCCCGUCUCGGCUUGCGAGUGCCGUAUUUGCCGUCUUUGGCGUUUUCGCCCCAAGUGGUCGGUGGUGAUGAAGCAUCUCAAAAUGCGCAUCCUUAUAUAGUUUCCCUUCAAUGGGGUACAAGCUCGGCAACCACUUCGCACUUUUGCGCUGGAUCCAUCUUGAACAGCCAAUGGAUCCUGACUGCAGGACAUUGCGUUCAGGCAGUUCCUUCUGCCGGCACUUUCCUUGUAAAAGCUGGAAAGCACCACAUUAAUAUUGUUGAGACCACUGAACAGACAGUUAAAGUGUUGAAAUCUUUCGUGCAUGAAAAAUAUCAAGGUGGUGUCGGCCCGUAUGACGUCGGUUUACUCAAGCUGAGUACUCCAUUAGAGCUGAAUAGUGAAGUACAACCCAUCGAAUUGCCGGAGGCAGAAAGCGAGCCAACUGGAGAUGCAAUUCUUAUCGGCUGGGGCUCCACUUCCCGAAGCGGUAUUCCAAACAUGCCAGAUAAACUGCAAAUUGUCGAUUUGCAUUACGUCGAUCGUAAAACCUGCCACGAAGCGGUCGAGCGCCUGACAGGAUCUUCACCCGUUCAUGAGACCAAUGUUUGCACCGGACCGUUGACUGGUGGAAUCUCCGCGUGCAGCGGUGAUUCCGGCGGCCCUCUAGUCAAGCGUUACGGAAAUAAAGAGAAGAUCACUGGAAUCGUAUCCUGGGGCAUUAUUCCAUGUGGUACCGUGGGUGCUCCAUCUGUAUACACCAAAGUGUCCAAAUUCAACGAUUGGCUUCACGAGAAAAUGUCUAAUAAUUAG